GUUCAAUUUAGACCGUAGAACAAACGACUCAAGAUCACUUCGAUAUUCACAAUACGCUCGUACGUUCGCGCGGUACGAUAUUUUUGCACCUAAUAAUAAUCCUUAAAUAUGUUAAAAAUAUUAUUAAUUUUUUGUUGCAUUUAUUGUGUUAACUGCGCUUUGUAUUACGAUUCAUAUUAUGGGAAGACUAUAACACGCGAGGAAUUGAAGCGACACGACAAAGCUAAUACCACUUUUUGGUGUGUAAACGAAAUCGAGCCAUGCGACCCAAAUGAAUGGAGACGCGUGGAUGGGUCAUGCAAUAAUCUCAAAAACCCCACUAGAGGGGCCACCCACACCCCAUUCUAUAGAGUACUACCACCCAUUUACGCCAAAGAUUUCGAGCCAAGGAAGUCAAAAAGUGGCAAUGACCUACCUCUCGCCAGGCACUUAAGAACGCACCUCCUCUCUGAGGGCCGUGUGCCAAGCCAAAUAUUCACUCAGCUGGCUGUCAAUGACUUGGUGUUCAUGUCUGCUGAUAUAGUAUCCCUUCAUGAUACAGUGAACUAUAUUGUAUGGAAGCCGUAUUGUUGCGCCCCCAAGGGGAAGACGGACAGAGUUUGUGUUCCGAACAAAAUACCUGAUGAUGACCCUGUGCAUCGUUUCUCCGACAUCCGAUGCCUUAACAUGACCAGGCCUGAAUCCUUUCAGUCCAUUGGAUGUAUCAAAAAUGGUACUACGCCUGAAAGGAUUGUAUCGUCGACGCCUCUUCUAGAUUUGUCUGUUAUUUACGGUAAUGUACUGAAAGGCUUGCUAGAAAGAGGGAGGCUGUUCGAAGGCGGUUUAUUGAAAUUCGAGGUUUCCAAUGGAAGGAUAUUUCCGCCCAGUUAUAAGACGCAAGCUCAUGUCUGCUUCCUAAACGAAAGACCGAGGGAAACUCGCUGUCAUAAUAUGCCGGAAGACGGUGCGAACACAUUAGCUGGUAUCAACAUCAUGGCGAUAUGGUUCUGGAGGCUACACAACUUCAUUGCACGGCAGCUGGCCCGCGUGAACCCAUGCUGGGAUGACGAUAGGCUAUUCUACACAGCACGAGACAUCAAUAUCGCUAUCUCCUUGCAGAUCUACUAUUACGAACUUUUGCCGAUUAUGUUAGGACGUCAAAACCUCAUAAGGGAUGGAGUUAUAUCCCCGUCUCCAGGUUUCAGAAAUAUUUACAACCCUGACAUAAUACCCCAGGUGUCUUUGGAAUAUCCGUUUGUUUUGAGAUGGGUUCACACUAUGCAAGAGGGAGAGUUGAAAAUGUACGACAAACAUGGAUAUUACCUUAAGAAGUACCCGAUCGUGAACCUGACGCUGCGAACAGGCUUCUUGGACGUGGACGACAACCUUGAUUACUUGACGCAAGGCACCUUCAGGCAAGGAAGUGCUAACAUCGACUACAUUGUCGAUCCUGACAUCGCAGAAAUCGGUCUCGGACCACACCAAAGAGCAUCGGACCUAACUACAAACGACGUAUCCAAGAACAGAUACUUCGGAUUCCAGCCUUAUGUGAAGUACAGACAGUUCUGUUUCGGACACACCGUCAAGACUUGGGACGACUUGAUCGGUAUUAUCGAUCGUGAGAGAAUAGAAGUGCUCAGAGACCUUUACGAAAACGUGGAAGACGUGGAUCUAAUAGCAGCUAUUUGGGUCGAGAAGCCGAUAAAGGGUGGUUUUGUUCCUCCGACGUUCUACUGCCUCGUGGUUGAACAACUAGUCCGUAAUGCUGUCUCUGAUAGACAUUGGUACGAAAGUUCGGAAAGACCGAAUGCGUUUAAUAUCGAACAACUAUUGGAAAUAAGGAAAGCGACCAUCGCGAGGCUUCUGUGUGACGUGGCAGAUACAGUAACUGAAAUUCAACCGCAUGCGUUUUUGAAGGCUGGACCAGGAAAUGAGAUGUGUAGUUGUAAACACAUUCCAAGCAUAAACUUCUGGGCUUGGAGGGAUAACUCGUGCUACCCUGGCGAUGUGUGGAAGCAAAACCCGAAUCUGAGAGAACACUGAUUUAAACAUGAAGAUAUAUAUUGUGUAUUUAAUAUAAUAUUCCAGAAAUGUAUUUUUUUUAUACAGCAAAGUGACUCCAUACCACUUGUUUAAUUUUUUUGGAUAGAUAUCUACAUUUCUGAAAUACUGUGACAAAAUAUAAAUAACAUAAGACUUACAUAUAAUUUUGUUAUAUUAGAGAUAAUUUUGAAAUGUUUACUGUAGUUUUCACAUCGAAGGAUACAGAAAUAAAAUAUUAUUUAUCUAA